AUGACUGAAGAACAUCAAGAGGGUGUUUCUGGAGAGGAGGGGCCGGUCCCGGUUUUCCGGUGGGAUCUUGGUCUAUUUGAGCAGAUCGUUAGGAGUUUCCGAUUUCCACCGGAAUGGGAUGCACGGUAUCCGGCCCAGAAUCAGACGGCCGCCGACGCACCGCCGGGUUACAUCACAUUGUUCGAAGAUUUUUUCCUUCAAGGCAACUUCCGGUUGCCGGCGACGAACUUCAUGGGGAACAUCUUGCACUUCUACAACUUCCAUAUUUCCCAGAUGAGCCCACCUGGGAUGGUUAGGGUUCGUCAUUUUGAGUUCUUGUGCCGAGCCCAUGGCAUCGAGCCUUCUGUUGAGAAGUUCCGGGCCUUUUAUCAGCUUCAACGGACGAUGGGCUUCUUCUCGUUUGCCAGCCGUGGAGCUGCAAGGAAGAUCUUGUUAAAUCCACCAAGGAGUUUCCAUGAUUGGAAACCCAAUUUUUUCUUUAUUCGAGAAGAGGUGCUUCCGAUUGCCAUGCCUUUCAGAGAUUGGAGCAAGCCGGUGCUGAAAGAGGAUCUUCCGAUCCCAAAACAUGAACGGUGGUAUCAACAAUUGACCCCUACCCCUAACCGGGUAUUUGGGGAAAAUGUAUUGGUCGCAGCGCGCAUGAGUGACCAGUGGUCACCGGACAGCAAGGAAGUGCCAGUUUUGAAGAUUGGUGAUCAAGAGGCGCAACUGUACCAAGAUGCCUUUGCUACUUUUGGAGGAUCUAUGGGCGUGCGCUCCCUUCGCGAUGAUGAGGAAAGCUGGUAUGAGCAGAUUAGAGGCAAUUUCAUGUACCCGGUUGCUGAUGCAUUUGCCUCGCCGCCUACCGCAACCGAAGGUGUGUUGCGCGACUUGGGGGUUGACCCAGAAGAGAAGAAGAAAAAACCCUUGAAAAAGAAGAAGAAAGUCAACUUGGAUCCUGAGGUGACUAGUAAGGGGGCUGGUAGUAGUCGCGCAACCGCUGGUGCUGCUGGUAAAGGUACUCUUCGCCUUCGACAGAGUGACUUAAAGGAUUAUGUGAUACUUAGUGAUUCACUUAAAGGCUUGUCGCGCGCAGCUGAGACGAAGACUGGAGCGGGUGGUUCAAGGAGCUCUGGAAGCGCGGGUUCUCGUAACCCUGAUGCUGGUGCAACUCCUUCCACUGCCGCGCAUGAAGAAGAGGAGGCUGAAGAAGAAGAGGAGGCUGCUGAACAGUUGAUCAGCAGAAAAAGAGUUAGAAGCGAGACCACCACUGGUGUGGCUUCCGCAUCGAUGGUUGGUGCGAUUCCCUUGGUUGGGAAAACGAGCAACUUGGGCUCUCUCUAUAAAUUUUCUCCUGAGAUCAAGAAGAAAACCCCUGAGAAGGGGGUUACAUUUACUGAGCCAGAGCCGAGGAGGCCGAAGAUUACCAUUAAAUCUUCCCAGACUCUUGGGGUUGAGUCUGUUAAGGACAAAAAUGUUACUGAGAGGGAUGUGGCGAAGGCUGCUGAGGCGCAGAGAAAAGCUGAGGAGCGUCGGAAGAAAGUUGAGGAAGAGAAAAAGAGGAAAGCUGAGGAGGAUAGGAGGUCUGAAGAAGCGAAGAGGAAGAAAGCUGAGGAAGAGAAGCGGGCUGAAGAGGCGAAGAGGAAGAAAGCCUCUGAUGUGGAGAAGGAGAGAGAGCAGAAGAAGGCUAUGGAAAAGCCUAUCAAUGAUCCGGAGUUGGAGAUCACUAAGGGUCCUGAGAGGAGGAAAGAGCCUGAGGUUGCGAAGCUUACCCACCCCGCGCAUACUGAAGUUAUUGAUCGCUCAAAGAUAAUUUCUACCAAGGGGUCGGGUCGGUAUGUUUCUAGUGGCGCAAGCUCUGGUGGCGCUGGGGGCUAUAACCCACAAGUCAUUGGGGCGAAGGAUACCCUUGGUGAUAUCUACUACAAAAGCUAUACCGAGGAAGAACAUGGUAAUGCCCCUCACCAAGCUCUCUGGGGUUUGAGGCAAAGGGACACCUUUCAAGAAUUUGGGCCUUGCCGCGAUUGGUUCCUAAACUCCUUUACUCCUGGUGAGGUUAAUCGGCAGAGGGCGAAGACCCGUGAAAGCCUGUAUCGAACUUACGUGAUCGGGGAGGCCAAUACUCGCGCCGCCAAUCAUCAAAUAGUUCGUGAGUGGCGAACAAUGGUUAGGGAGCGGGCGGAUUGGGAGAGUUAUCGCGAGCGGAUGUUGAAGCGUAUUAGCGAUUUUGAGAAGUCAAAAGCCGCCUUUGAUGAAGAGAAGGCCAAGUUCGAUGCCGACAAGAAAGCGGAGGAAUGGGGGCGCGAGGGCCUGAAAAACAAACUUCAAGCUGCUGAGCAGCAGCUGGCUAAGGAGAAGGCCGAGUUCAAGCGCAUAUGUGAGAAAGACAAUGAACGCGCGUUUGCGGCUCGUAACAAGAUUGUCGAUCUCGAAGCCAAGGUUGUGGAGCUUACAGCGAAGAUUGAGGAUGCGCAAGCUGCACGGGCUGCUAAAGAGCAGACUGAGGUUGAGUUGGCUGAUGUGAAGUUGCAGCUGUCAAACAAAGAUAAGGAUCUACAGGCCAAGGAUGUCGAGAUCGCUGAGCUGAAACGCCGCCUGAAUGAUCAGGUUGAUAGAUGCGAGUCCUUGGAAAUUGAUCUUGAAGCGGAAAAGGUUAAGGCUGCCACUGCUGAGGAAACGCGUGCUGUUAGUACUGCCGCUCUCAAUGUAGCGCAGACUAACUAUUCUGAGGCGCAGGGCAUUGUUGAUACGCUUGUCUCCGAGGCCGAGUGGAUGCGCAGCCGCGGAUUAGUGCUGGUUGCCAAUUCUAUCCUUAACGCUGGAGAGCUAGAUCGCGCUGUUGCUGCUCUAACAGAUGUUGCGCGUGCAGUAGGUCAUCGUGGAGGGUAUCUGGAAUGUGCGCAGCACGUUGAGGAGGUAUUUGGACAGGAGUUUGACGUGAGCCAUUGUUCGGUGACCGAUCAGGCUAAUGCUGAGUUGACGCGUGCUGAAAGUGCUUAUGAUAACCUUACACUUCCUGUGGUGGACUUAGUCGUGCAGGCUCUAAAGCAAGACGACUGGUGUCAGCGUCUCAAGGCCAUCCUUGAUCCACCGAUAACUGUUGAACUAUCAGAUGAGGAGCCAGCUGGUGAUGAUGGUAGAAACGACGAUGACGACGGUGCUGACGGUGGGAAUGAUGGUGAUGACGGUGAUGAACUUGAAUAG